AUGACCGAGUCACACCACUUUCGAGUCCUGGAGUUCUAUUCUGGCAUUGGAGGAAUGCACUAUGCCUUCGACGAGUCUGGACAUCAGGGAAAGAUCCUCAGGGCAUUCGAUAUCAAUACGACAGCAAAUGAAGUUUAUGCCCACAACCAUGGGAAGAAGCACUUGGCGCAGAGAAACAUUGAGGCCGUACCAAUGGAGUACUAUGAUGAACAGCAAGCCGAUGUCUGGCUCAUGUCACCACCAUGCCAGCCUUAUACAAGGACAGGAAACAAAGCAGGCAGCAAAGAUGCUCGAGCAAAGUCUUUUUUAUAUCUCAUGGACAUUCUCCCAAAGAUGACCCACCCUCCGAACUACAUCCUACUCGAAAACGUCAAGGGCUUUGAAGAAUCCGACUCUCGUGAUUUCCUCGUGGAGGCACUCAUGGGCGCUGGGUAUGAGUUCCAGGAGCUGUUGAUCACACCUCUGCAGCUUGGGAUCCCCAAUUCCAGGAUGCGGUAUUAUUGUCUCGCCAGGAAGACAGAUAACAAACCGGAUGAGGACGCUAUUCUGUCAGAUCCUAUGUUGGCACUCAAGGUUGAGAAGUUGGACAAAUAUAUUGAAUUCAAGGAUGUGGCGGAUGAGCGCAUGCAGCGGUAUAUGAUUCCAGAUAAGACCUUGAUCAAGUAUGGCGCGUUAUUUGAUAUCGUCAAGGAAUCGACCAGGCGAAGUUGCUGCUUUACAAAAGGAUAUUAUCACUAUGUUGAAUCGACAGGAUCUAUUCUGCAGAUGGCGCACGAGAAAGACGUAAGGUACGGGACCGAAGCUCCUAACGCCGACGAAUAUAAUGCCAAGGCGCUUGCUCUGCUCCGUACGCUUGGCUUGAGAUACUUUACCGAAAACGAGGUGGCCAGGUUGAUGGGUUUUCCUGUCUUGGAAGGAAAGUUUUCGUUCCCAGAGAAAACCUCACUCAAGCAGCGGUAUCGUGUUUUGGGAAACAGCAUCAACGUCAAGGUGGUGUCACAUCUUAUCCGGUACCUACUGACGUCUAAGACGGAGAACAUCUCUGAAAAGAAGGCGGAAAAGGAGGCUGGUAAAGAUCCUGAGGUGAGAUCCGAGUCCUCUUAG